AUUCCAAGCUCCGGAGUGGACGCAGGACAGGGAGUUAAAAAGCCCACGAGUUGAACGAGUGGUCGUCAUUUCUGCUUCUUGCCAAGUCGUUGUGCGUGCUGCCUGUGGUCCAAGUUUUCAGCAACGUCCUCCGAUCCUGUUCGUCACCGUUAGUCUUGCCGCCUUCCUACCACCACCACCACCACCACCCCUACCAAAAUGACGAAAGCAUCCAGCCGCGGUGUGGGCGCCGGAGAGAAGAAAGCUGCCAAAGUGAAAACGCCCUCUGCAGCCAUGGCUGGAGGCAAGAAGGAAACCCGCCGAAAGAAGAGACGAGAGUCCUACAACGUCUACAUCUACAAAGUCUUGAAGCAGGUUCACCCAGAUACGGGCAUAUCGAGUCGGGCCAUCAGCAUCAUGAACAGCUUCGUCAACGACAUCUUCGAGCGUAUCGCCUCCGAGGCCUCGCGACUAGCUCAGUACAACAAGAAGUCCACCAUCAGCAGCCGCGAGGUACAGACCGCUGUCCGUCUCCUCCUGCCUGGCGAGCUGGCCAAGCACGCCGUUAGCGAAGGCACCAAGGCGGUCACGAAGUACACUACUACUACCAGAUGAUUCUGACCAAUCAUUAACUAUUUAUGAACACUAAUUUUAUUGUACAGAAAAGUCGCUUGAGCACCAAGAUUUUUCUUCUAAAUGAAACUAAGUGAGUUGAAAUCGAAUAUGACCAAAAAAGGUAGUAGUUAAAGAGCAAUAAAAGCUUGUAUUGUAAAUAACUAAAUGUAAAUGUUAAUUGUCCUGAGUUUUUGUUUUAUAAAGUUUGAAAUAAAGUGACCUAUGCGAAAUAUA